AAAGACCACUGUUCAGUAUCUAGAGGCCAUGUGACCUCAGCAACACUUUUUACCAAGUCACAGCAGGCGGCCACUGGCUCACAGUGAACACAAUAGCCUCUACAGUGUAGACACUGCACACAGACUAGGCAUUAAUGGAGGAAGGACCUUACAAAUACAUCAGGGAUGGGAACGGCACGGUUAACCGGGUCAUUCGGAUAGGAACCCGCAAAAGCCAGUUGGCUCGAAUCCAGACGGACAGUGUGGCUGAUACGCUGAAAGAGCGCUACCCUGACAUUCAUUUGGAAAUAGUUGCCAUGUCAACAAUAGGAGACAAAAUCCUUGACACAGCUUUAUCGAAGAUUGGAGAGAAGAGUUUGUUCACCAAAGAGCUGGAGAAUGCUUUGGAGAGGAACGAGGUUGACCUGGUGGUUCACUCUCUCAAAGAUCUGCCCACCACACUGCCUCCUGGAUUCACCAUCGGAGCAGUGCUGAAGAGAGAAAAUCCUCAUGAUGCUGUGGUUCUACACCCCAAAAAUGCUGGAAAAUCUCUUGACACUCUGCCAGAAAACAGCCCAAUUGGGACCAGUUCACUGCGACGUGCUGCUCAACUUAAGAAGAGAUUCCCCCACCUCACCUUUAAAGACAUUCGUGGUAACCUCAACACUCGUCUGAAGAAGCUGGACGAGGCAUCAGACUUUGCUGCCAUCAUCUUGGCUGCUGCUGGUCUCAAAAGAAUGGGCUGGGAGGAGCGCAUCAGUCAGAUCCUAGAGCCCCAAGACUGUAUGUAUGCUGUUGGCCAGGGAGCUCUGGCAGUAGAGGUACGGGCCAGAGACUUGGACAUCCUGGAGAUGGUGUCUGUCCUCCAUGACCCUGAUACUGUGCUGCGUUGCAUAGCUGAGAGAGCAUUCCUCAAACGUCUGGAAGGAGGAUGCAGCGUUCCAGUGGCUGUUCACACUGAAGUGAAAGACUCACACCUCUAUCUGACCGGAUCAGUUUACAGUCUGGAUGGAUCAGACAGUCUAAAGGAAACCAUGCAGACGAGCAUCACUGCUGAUGACAAGAGCUCAGAGGAAGUAGACGAGCGCCUACAACGAGUUGGAGUGACGGCCUGUAAGAUCUCUGGUGAGGCCCAGGACAGGGCAGAGCAGCUUGGUGUCGACCUGGCCAACUUACUGCUGAGCAAAGGAGCCAAGGAAAUUCUGACGGUGGCACGGCAGCUCAACGACGCCAGAUAAUCCUGCUCUGCUGAGACCACGUCAGUCAGAGCUCCGUGUCCUGAAUGAACUUCAUUUACAUUCUAAUUUUUCUUAACAUUACACACUUAAGGUGAGCAACAUAGCGUCACCUGGUGCUGUGUUUGUUUUAGCACCAGGUGAGCUCAGCAAACCGGUCAGUUUUGCGGCGUAUACCAUAAAUUGUACUCAAAAAUUGUUUGCAGACUUGUGUUCCAAAAUCCUCAUCUAAAUUACUCUGAUGUUAAUUCUGUAAAUUAAAAAAAAAAGUAUUUAAAGCAAAAAUAAAGAACAUCAGAAAAUGGUGCACCUGCGUGUACACUGUGUGUAAUUGACAACAGCAGUUGGUAAACACCUCUGAGAUUCAGGUUUUGUUUUUAGUAUUGUCAAUAAGAAACAGAUCAACAUAUAUCAAAAAUGUAUUAUUAUAUAUUAUCUGUAUUAAUACAUAAUUGAUGAAGAAAGAUCCAACUUGAUGGAACCAAAGAUGAGGUUGGAACAUGAAGGAUAUACAGUGUUUACUGGUGUGUUGUAUACAGUUGUCUUCUGACAUGUCAGUAAUUAUGAAUGUUAAUGAUGCUGUUUUAACUUGAUCAGACUGUAUCCACUAGAGGUCAUUAUUGUUAUUCAGCCAAUGCUGAGUGAACUUUUUAGCUGUCAUAUUUAAACACAGACGGGGCAUAUACAGGAUGUUAAAUAGUUUAAAUUUGGUAAAAGUAGACUCCUGUUGCUACGAUACAACCUACCAACCUAAAAUUCUUACCUGUAUAAUUGUUUCUUUGUACUUUCUGUUAAAGUGCCAUCUCCGUACCAAGAUGCCUUACCAGAGUCAUAUCAUAAACUAUCCAAAUGUACAGACAUUGUCUCUUCCUGUUAAGAGAUUAUUUUAUAUAACAAUCCUUUAUAUAAACCUACUGUCCAAGAUGGUAACAUUAGCCAUGACUUGUGGUUUCUUUCAGCUUUAAUUCCCUGUUUGUUUUACAGUAAACAGUCAUUGAUGUUUUAUUUACAUAUUUAGUCACAGUUGCCAGUCACUGAACUCUUCUGUUUAAAAGUCUUCUCAAAACUGAAACUUGAAAUAAAAAAAUAAACAUAA